AAAUCAGUUGGACAGAGUUGGCCUUCGGGAUAACUCAGCUCCUUCCUUUGCUACUUGUGUGCCUGCCUUUUUUGGAUGGUUUAUUGGUUACUGACCAUUUCUCCUCAACUUUCCUCCUCUUUCAAAGUCAUUGCCGAGGGAAUGACUCCGCCACAGAGGAUCCUCUUUCCCCCCGAGAAGAUUUGCAUGGUCUGGCAGCAAAGACAGAGUGCUGGAGCAGGACUCCGCAAUGUGGGCAACACAUGCUUCCUUAAUGCUGUCCUGCAAUGCCUGACAUACACCCCGCCGCUGGCCAACUAUCUGCUCUCCCGGCAGCACAGCCAGGCCUGAGACAACUACUAACUUCCUGUUUCUUAGUCAUAGGAGAACAUUUUCAGCUUGGCAGGGAGGAAGAUGCCCAUGACUUCUUAUGCUGUACUGUCAAUGCCAUGCAGAGAGCUUGUCUGAGUGCAAGCAACGACUUGGACAUAUCAUCUCAAUCUACUACCAUUGUCCAUCAAAUAUUUGGAGGCUUUCUGAGAUCCAGAGUCAUCUGCUUCAGCUGCAAAGCCAUUUCUGAUUCCUAUGAGGCCUUCCUGGAUGUCCCCUUGGAUAUCAAAGUAAGAGGUUUUGCAGUUGUGCUUCAAGACAUGGCAAGGCUUUUCAGAGUCAACACCUUUGUCCUGAAAGCAUAGACU